AUGAGGUAUAUAUCUAUACUACUUGUUUGUUUUCUUGCUUUUACCUAUGGGUAUAAUGCUGAAUAUCAAACUGAAAAAAUACCAGAAGAUUACAAAAUGUUGGUUGAAUAUGCUCAUAUUGCAGCCAUUUCUUACUGCCUCAAGAAAGAAUCGUCUACGGGGUUGCUUGGGGACGAUAAAACCAAUUGCUUGUUGGAAAUUUGCAAUGCUAAGCCUUACGAGAGUAUAGAGAUUAAAGCGAGGUUUAAAUUCAAUACCUGGGGUGAAGCGUGUUCCGGCUACUAUGCGAUAGAUCAUGACAGCAGAAGAAUACUUUUAGUAUUUAGAGGUACCGCAUCAAGAAAAGAUUGGUUACGGAAUAUGGAUAUAUAUCCAGUGAAAUACAGUCCAAUAUUUAACGAUGGUAUACCCUUGACAAAGAGACUGCCAAACAUUGAAUGUAACAACUGCAAAGUACAUCGGGGAUAUUACAGGACUUUGAAGAAACAUUGUGCUGCGAUUAUUCAAGGUGUAUUGGAUUUGCAUAGUGAAUAUUCGGAUUAUAAACUAGUUGUAGUUGGACAUUCAUUAGGAGGUGCAUUGGCAGUAUUAAGCGGCAUUGAGUUGCAAUUGAUGGGCCAUCAUCCGUUGGUUGUGUCAUACGCUAGUCCAAAAGUGGGUAAUAGAGAUAUGGCAGAAUACAUUGAUAGAAUAUUCUACACUUCUGAGGUUGCAAAAUAUAUCUAUGAAAAUAGGAAUCUUAGCACAGGCUACAUUAGGGUUGUACAUAAAGGAGAUAUGAUUCCCAAAUUACCACCUACCACAAUUUAUCAACACUGCGGUUUUGAAUAUACAAUUAACAAAAAAUACUAUCCCCAUACUUCUGAUGAUGUUGAGCCGAAAGGUAUCUCAGUUCUCGAUGACCAAUAUGGUGAAGACCAAGUAAGUAUGGCCAAAUUUAGUUAUAACAAAUUGUGGUCAGAUAAUGUUGGCAAAUAUGAGCAUAAUAAUUAUUUUAUAGGGAUUACAACAUGCCAGAUAUAG